AUGAAGCGUUCCCCGUCGCCAGUGGAGUCAGAAUGCUACUCCGACGUGUCCAGCUUUUCAAUCAAGCUUCCUGAUCUCGCGGAUGCUGAUAGUACAGAAAAUCCGCUCGUUGAUCAACUUUCAGUCAAGAAGAAACUCAAGAGACCAUGGCAUAUUUUUCAUCUGGGACAUCUUGUUCACGUUGGCGCUGUAGUAGCGAGUUGUGGCCUUAUUUGGCUUAACUCUAGUGCGAGGUAUUGGUUCGACUCGACAUACAGCAUCUCCAUCACAGUAUCAACCAAGUCUACCAAACUAGCCACGGCCGACAUAUUGCACAUCUUCCAACUCGCAGCGAAAGUAUACGAAAUGGUUUCGAUCAUAUCCAUAUCCGCCAUAGUCUUGAGUAUCUACCUGUCGAAGCUAGCUGUCAAGGGCCUACCAUUGGGGCUGAUCACGGGAGGCUAUCGCGUUGGUAAUUUGGGCUACCUCACUCAUUCUGGACUGUGGUCAACAUUAUGGACAAAGGCUGGACUUUUGGCUGCAUUCACCAUUAUAUGCACACUAUGGUCGAUUGCGAUCGGUCCAUCGUCUGCGAUACUACUCGUGCCCAGUCCCGCAUGGUGGCCAGUACAGCAGCCAGCAGACGGACAACAGAUGAUGCUAUAUGGACCUCCGAGUGACUGGACGCCAAAAUUGACUUACGACGCCAGUAUCGAUAACAACCCAUUGUUGGGCUGUGAAGGUGGUAACCAAUACGUGCUACCAUACAAUUUUUGCCCGGGCUACGGCUUGUGGCAAAUCUCAAAUAGCGUGGCCAAUUCCAAUCAAACAUCCAUGAGCACAAACGUGGUCGUCAGCUCGUCUACAACAGGAAAUUCUCGGUGGCUGAAGACAUCUCAAAUAAAGAAAUCGCUCAAUCGAACAACGGUGGCGACGACUCUUUCAGAUGUGACGAUCGAGGCAAUUACUCAGGCAGGGAAAUACAGCCUCGGAAUUGGUCUCUUUGGAUCAUCUGGAGCCAACCUUCGCAUUAGCAACGCGGAAAGGGAUGAAAUCUAUCAGCCUCUGGUCCAGGCAAAAUGCUCGGUUUUUGAUUGGAACUCAUCCUCACAGACCAUCAAUUCCACCGAUCCUAACAACAUCCCACUAUGGCCAACGGCCGGUCUUGCGUGUUUUGAUGAUGGCCUCUGUUCUAGUUGGUUGGACCUUCCUGCUAGUGCAAGGGAGCUGGAUUCCUCAGACUGGGAUUUUGAUCCGGAUGUUGGGAAGCUGGUUGACUUCAAAUGGGUGGACAUGCCCCAGGCACCGCUGUCCGCCAUCUUCAGAGUUCCGAAAAACGUCACACGCCAGAGUCCUACUGCUAAAGAGUGGGAACGAUCAAACACAACGUUGUGGAAUAUCGGGGCCUGUUCCCUGGUCACUAGAUGGGCACACUCUAGUGCCAAGGCUGUGCUUGGCCAGUCGUACAUUAUUGAAAGCAAUGUGACGGAUGCAGGAGUACUUUCAAUCAAUGAGACGACUCUAUUCCAAGCCGGAGCAUCGGGUAUGCCAAUACUAGUACAACCGUCAUGGGCAAAUCUUCUCAGCUUUGGGUUCGGAAACGAUACCAAGCAAUCACGAUAUACCGAUCGCGCCCAAACGGUAGAACUAAACGCCAUGGAAACUUUUCUAGUACAGUUGCUCUCUAUCACAGAAUCCGACGGAUGGAUGCAACUUUUGGCGACAAAUGGCGAAUUUCUUACAAGCUCGGUAGAGUCAAUGCUAUCUCUGCUCCUGGCAGACGGUAUUUCCAGGAGCACCAUGUCGGCCACGCAAGAUCGCGUGUACAUUGCUGCGCACGUGGAGGAGGAAGAAAGCCUUGUUGCCGUUAUUAAUUUGGAUGAAGCAAACAAUUUGAUCAGCGCGCACCGAUUCAGUGACACUGUGUCGGCAUCUACAAUUGCGACAGGAGGCAGGCAAGACCGCCUGCGUCCCCUGUUGUCGGCAUUGAGUUAUAACAGUGGCGCUUCGGGCUUUACUAAAGUUUCCUUGAGCGUUGGAAAUGCAACCUGUCCAACUGUGAUGGCUCAAGAUGGUACCAGUGACCAGCAGGCAGCGCAAUGCAAUGCAUGGUCCUUUGGUGAGUAUCUCAGGGGUCUGGAGGCUGACACAAGCACGCCAUGGAGUUUCGUAUCUGAGCAGUAUGGGUACGGGUCGGGCCGUUCUUCUUCAACUGUCACGUUUGCCCUGGUUAUGGUGUGUUUGUACUCUGCGGUGGUCUUUUUGCAUGCCACGCAGGUGCUAAUCUCUACCAUUGUCGAUGUUUAUGCCAGAAAGGACAUUCCGGGCCGGAAUAGCCUAUUGAAGGAAAUGUCAAACUGGAGCGACAUUCAAGAUUUGAUACAAGCAUUUGCGCUCACUCUUUCCGCCCCCGAAUUUGCCAAGCCUUUACUUCCGCUAGUAGACUGCGGAGCCGGGCGCAGCCUGAUCAAAUGCCCUGCUGAAGAAAUACGUCGAGACACGAGCCCCUCCCUCCGCACACCUUCAUUUGGAGCCUCAUCACAACCUCCACUUGUGGAACCACCUCUCGCCAAAGCUUCGCUUCCACCCAUGAGCACUAAUGACUGCUACUGUUACACGCCGCUGCCAAGCGGCAGACAUACGCGUCUGAUCCUGCUUCAUUCCAGCAAGACCGACAAUGACCCCAUCACUUGCAACUUGGUCGAGGCCGACAUGGAUGAUCCCCCUGUUUAUGAGGCUCUCUCGUACACCUGGAAUAACGAAGUGCCAAGCGAACCUCUAAACAUCAUUUUGGAUCCGAGGUCCGGUUCUGUCCAGACCCUUCUGGUGACCGCAAACUGUGCGAGAGCUCUCGAAAUAUUGCGGAAGCGUCUUGGUCGCAAGUCCAUCGGCAAGGUUGGGCUGUGGGUCGAUGCAAUUUGUAUUGACCAGUCCCGCAACGAGGAGAAGAGCACCCAGGUUGCCACGAUGGCCGAUAUCUACCGCGGGGCCAAGAAUGUCCUGGUUUGGCUCGGAAUCAACCAUGCGCCUCGGAAUUCCAGCAGUAUGCUUCUCCUGAACCUCUUGCGUCCCUUUAGUGACUAUCACAUGCGACCAAGGUUCAAUACAUGGAGAGAUGGGUGGAUUCUGAUUGUGCUCAAGGUGAUGGACCCUUUUGUUUCUAAAAUGGUAGAACAAGGAAGCAAACAUUUAUCACCAAUAUUCAAAGCGCCUUACUGGUCUCGGGGGUGGACUCUGCAAGAAUUUGCACAGUCUUCCCCAAAACUCCUGUGUCUUAACUCCGAGUCACCUUCAUUUACAGGUAUACGGGUUGCGUCUGAUAAGUUUGUUACGCGGGCUAUGAGACUCCAUUUUUUCUUAUUCAAAGAUCCUGGGUGGAAACUUCAUGAUGCAUUCCAGGAAGAAGAUUCGGUGAUAUCAUUGGGAUAUUGCAUAACAAAGGAAACUCAAGAUCCACGAGACAGGGUAUUCGCGUUGCGAGCUUUAUUUCCCAAGUCCCUUGGUGGCAUGACGGUUGAUUACGACCGGUCAGUGGAAGAUAUCUUCACAGAGGCAACAAGCCGUUUCAUCUUGACAAGCACCAACCUGGAAAUAAUGUACCUGGCUUGUCCGUACAAGAAGUCGUGCGACCUUCCUUCCUGGGCAGUCGACUGGGCACCUCCUACAGAGAUACACCAGGAGUCUAACAACCCCAUCACGUUGCUCGAGGAUCCUCAUUUCUGGUAUUUGACAUCGGCUCAUUUCGGGAAACCCGGAAAUUUCAAUCGCCAGAUAACGUCAUUCAGCAACGAUGGACUUGUUCUCACACUACAAGGGAAAAGCUUUGGCCGGGGCCAGUCUUACGAGUACGACUCGAAGGUUCCUCACGGCAGCUGCCUCAGCCCAGCUUGCGUUCAGGAAUAA